AUGGAGCCAUUUCGAGAAAAAGCAGUACCUGUGCAAAUUACAGUUUCGCGUGGGAAUAAUCUGAAGGGCAACAAGCCCAACGAGUCUUUCCUCAACUUUGUCCGGGCUGAAUUCAAUGGUCAAGUCCUGGGGGAUUCCCAGAAGCUUGAUGCGUCCGUUGACCUGGGAGUAAAUUACAACUUUACCUGCAGCUUUGAGUGUUCAGACGCUGCAGACACAUUGGAUGAUGUGGCACAUAAACCAGUCAUACUGACAGUGAUUGAGAUCCUUCCCAAGGAAAAGAAAGAGAAGACUGCAGUCGUAGGUCAAGCUGUAGUCGAUCUGCUGCCUCUUUUGCAUGGUCAGUGCAGCCUCUCAUCCACUGUGCUACUCCAUCCCACCCCUGGUUCAUCUGCCGAGGCUGCCUACCAGGAAGGCAGCAGUAAGGUCCAGGCAUCUUUAGAUGUGAUCAUCUGUGUGCCAGAGCCUCUGCUCUCUGUUGUCCAACUGUCAGAAUCCAACCUGUUGAAGGUGACGGUGGAGACAGCCUACUCCAUCCCGGAAGUAUGGAACACUGCCUUGGGGUCCGACUAUGUGGCUGCACUGCAGAUACCCCUCACAGCCGAGAAAGAGGAAACAUUGUGGUUUUCCAACGGGUUAUUGAAAGUAGGUGGAGAGAGAGAAACUGUAGGCAGGCCCAGAAAGUGGCCUCUGGGGCCCCUGUUGGCGCCUGGAGCUCAGUUCAUCCCAGCGUCGUCCAUUGAGGGAGACCCCAUCGAGCUGGAGGAUGGAGACCUGACCAGCAUAGAGGAUAGAGAUUUCCGUAUUGACGCUGAGACUAACAAAAAGAGAGUAAGCUGGGACACGGAGCGACGCUGCUUCCUGGAUACAGGGGGUGCUGUCUGCUUAACCCGUAGGAUAGGGAAGAGUCGACUGUGGCCGGUGGAGGUCAUGAGGUCCAUGCAGGCUGGAGCCCCGAAGGGAGGAAAACCUGGGAAACCGGCAACGCAAGCUGAGGAUGAGUCCCAGAUCUCCUUCCACGGUGUGGCUUACGUCGACAUGGCCCCUCUAUUGUAUCCCGGGGCGAGACGUAUCCGAGGAGCUUACCGUCUCUACCCCUUCUACGACUCUGAGCUGCUUGCUAAGGCUAAGCGCAAUGUCAGCGUUCUGAAGGAGAGCACCAGGGCCCCCGCCACGCAGGGAAGAGGCCGAGCUCCUUCGUCCAUGGGGUCCUGCAAGGCCGCCCCCAGCAAGACCUUUGACAGCCUCAAGGGCGGGAAGGACACCAAGGAAUCUCCCAAAAAACCAGGUGCUACGGUGAAGCCUAUUACAGCUGAGAGUGUGACCGAAGUGGAGCCACAGGUCAACGUGGAGGGCCAGAUGUAUGCAGACUCCAGAACCUACAUAAUCAUUGAAAUAGCUCUGGAGAAGCCCUUGGUGCCCAAGAGACCACCUGAGGAGCUAGCACAAAGGGUGAAGGAGCUGCUUCCUCCCAGACCCCCCCUGUCUCGCAGACCCGCUGGAGCAGAGAGAGCCAUCCAGGGGUACCACAGCCAGAUUGCCAGUGUGGCGGGCCAGGUUCUGGAGCAGUACAAGCAGCUGUUUGGACCUGCCUUCCUGCCCGGAGGCGAGCCGCUGGAUCCAAAUGCACAGGAAGAGCGCAAGACUCAGCUCCUGGGAGAGCUCAACUACUCUGGGAAGUUCUUUGCUUUCAAAGAGCAGAUGAAGUACUCAGUGGUGAAGAUCGUACGGGAGAAGAUGCUGAGAACUGAGGCCUUCACUGACCCUGAGCAUCUCCAGGCAUUCCUCAGCUCGCUCCAUGUGUUCCUGGUGGAUGAGAUGCACGUGGCUCUCAACAAGACCCUAUCAGUGGAUGCCCAGGAGAGCCAGCCUCGCCCGCUGCUAGACUGUGCCCAGCUGAGGCACUUUGCCAGGGAGGCUCAGCUGAGCGGAGACUACCAGUUGGCUUCUCAGUACUACCAGGAGCAGCUGACUCGAGAGCGCAAUAACCCAUCCCACUGGUUCGACUACGGGGCAUUCUACAUGCUGAGUGCCGACUACCUGAAGGCUGAGGAGUGCUUCCACUAUGCUGUGUCCAUAGAGCAGGCACACCUGCGCAGCUUGAUGAUGUGUGGGGUCCUGGCAGAGAUGGGUGAGCGCCACGAGGAGGCAGAGAUUUUCUUUGAGAGAGCCACGUGCGUCGACCCCACCAGUGUGGCGGCCUGGACUCUGUUUGGCUUGUUCUACCUGAGCCAGGACAACCCCAUCCAGGCGGAGAUGGCCUUCCUGGAGGCCAGCAAGCAGCAGUGUGCCUGCUUGGUGGUGACUCCACCUUGCAGACCAGACACUGGAGAGGCAGGGCCUGUCGGGGAGGAGGAACCAGAGCAGGCUGUGCCAGAGUCCUCCAGGACCAACAGGACAGAUGGAGAGAGAGAUGGAGGCAGUGGGAGUGGGGUAACUGGCUCUCAGAGCAGCCAGGGAAACAGGUCUGGGGAGGACUUUAAUGGAGGAGUGGACCCUGAUCUGGCCACAGCCAGAUUGGUAACCACGCCCACCAGACUCAACUCCACCAUCUACAUGGAGACAGUCCAGUUCCUGUUGCAGAACAACACUCUACAGAUGGCUCAGCGGGCUCUGGCCCAGGAACUGCUGUGUCCAGAUGGGGGCCUGAGUAGCUCCUAUCACCUGGCCAUGGCCAGGCUGCAGCUGCAGAGGGCAGAGUAUGGCAGUGCCCAGCUCAGCCUGCAGGAGGCGCUCAAAGACAGCUUCCAGGACCCAGACGUGUGGGCUCUGUACGGUCACCUGCAUUACCAAACUGGAGAGCACAGGAAGGCUCAGGAGUGCUAUGAGAGGACCCUGGACUUUGUGGUGGAUGCCUCAGACACACAUCCCAUCUAUCUGCGCCUUGGCUCAAUAUACCUUGAGGAGGCAAAGUAUGAGAUGGCAAAAAGGACAUAUUUACGUGCCUGCAUGAGCACCCCGUCUUGUCUCACCUGGCUGGGACUGGGCAUCGCUUGUUACCGGCUAGGAGAGCUAACAGAAGCAGAGGAUGCCUUGACCGAGGCUAACAUUUUAAACAAUGGGAACUCAGAGGUGUGGGGUUAUCUGGCACUUGUCUGUCUACAGACUGGAAGGAGACCUGAGGCUGAGCAGUCCUAUAAAUAUGCCGUGAAGCUUAAACUACAGAAAGAGUAUGUUUUGCAAGAGAUUAAGGAGCUACAAGCUCGUGUUGGAUUUGGAAAUCCAAGUUUCUGAACAGGA